ACCCAAGUGCCCCUGCUCCAGACGAGGCUUUUUCCGUAACAUCGUCAACCAGUGGAGGUUCCACCGUAAGUGAUGAGCAGAACCACUUUGAGUGCUACAUACUUAACGUAGGCUCGCACAAGGCUGUUUGCUCCCCUUGGCAAGGAGUGCUGCUACUCCACCGACCCGCUGAAGCCGCAGCAGAUGGACAUGCUCAUCACAUCUCGUCCUUUCGCCGGAGCGUCGCUGGCGUACAACCCUCUCAUCUUUGAGCAGACGGACCUGUACGAGACUGAGGACAGACUGGCCCACGUCGCCUGCUGCCUCAACUCCCCGGACAGGUUCUGUCGUCGCUUUUAUCAGCUUCGACCUGUCGGCGACUGUGACCCUAACCCCGCGCUGGGGUGGAGUCCCUUGUACGGCGAUCCACAUGUGACAGCACUAGACGGUAGACAGUACAUCUUUAACGGUCUUGGUGAGUUCACCAUGGCGACAGUAAGAACAGCCCAUGUCAGUUUCACCCUUCAGGCCCGAACACAGAGGGCGGAGCUUCGGCCGGGAACGCCCACCAACGGGACUGUCUUUACGGCGGUCGGGGCGGAGGAGAACGGAGUGAGGGUCUUCCUGCAGAUCGACCCCAACACUAACACCACACUUAUUCUCUUCGCCAAUAACAUCGACUACACUCGUCAGCUCCAGCAAGAGGGAGACAACUUUGUCCUCGAUCACGAAGGUGUGAUGAUCGUGCAGGACAAUAACACCUGUGUAGUUACCUUUCCUUCAGGCAUAGGCCUACAGAUUUCAGUGAGCAUGAAGGCUCUGGCUAUAGGUGUUUCAUUUCCUACGAUGUUCCGAAACAUGACGAAGGGGCUGCUGGGAAAUUUCAAUGGCGACAACACCGACGACUUUGUUCUUCCUGGUGGUCAAGUGCUGAGAAACAAUUUGACAGAAAAGCAAAUUUUGUCAAUGUUUUGUCUACAAUGGGCGGUUGACAACAGUAGCACUGUCAUGAGAUAUGAAGCAAGAAUGGGUCCCAAAGACUACAACCAUCCUGAGUUUCAACCUGUUUUUCUGGACGAGUUGGACGCACUUGUUAGGCGCGAAGCCGAGGGUCUGUGUGGAACCAAGAAUCUUCCCUGCAUCUAUGACUUCCUCGCCACAGGAAACAAAGACUUCGCCUUGUCCACUGCAGACCAGCAGAAGCUGUCAGACGAUCUCAUGAAGCAAAGCAAGAAUUCUUUGCCAUCGGUAAAAGUUCCAGCAGCAGCUUACGUCAGUGUGGGUGUCCAGAAAACUGUUUUCAUUAACGGGUCUGACCCUGAUGUUAAUGACCGACUGACCUAUCGAAUUGUUGAUGAUGCAAAGGGUGCUGUCAACAUCAACUCAUCGUCUGGUGCAAUCACCAUCUUUUUGAAAACCUUGGACCCUAUCAAAAUACAAGUUUACGUCGUAGACGAGGUGGGCGGACAGUCAACAGUUGAGUCGUUGCCGCUCGUCGUCUGCUCCGGUUGUGAAGGUCACGGCCUUUGUAAUGAGUCGGACCCUCGAGACGUGUCGGGGGAUUCCUACUUCCAGUACGCUGUCUGCCAGUGCCAACCGGCCUGGACCGGCAACAACUGUGAACUGGACAAGGACGGGUGCAGCGACAACCCUUGCCACCCCUUGCAGACAUGCGCAGACGUGCCGGCCAGUCAGCAGGGCAGCAGCGAUGUCGGGUACAGGUGUAGUGACUGUCCCCCGGGUUUCUCCAGCAGAAACGGUUCCCAGGACUGCAUUGACAUCGACGAGUGCGGCAACAGUUCCUUACACAAAUGCGACAUGAAAUGUCACAACACCUACGGCGGUUACGAGUGUUCUUGUCAGGAGGGCUUCCGUCUCAGUACUGACGGCCGAACCUGUGCUGAUGUCAAUGAAUGUCUAGAGAGCACGCACGACUGCAGACAGGUGUGCAACAACACGGAGGGAGGCUACCUAUGCGAGUGCGAGCCUGGGUACUCCUAUGACGAAAUCACGAAAGACUGCAUCAUGGACUCUUCCCUGUCCGGCGUGUGCCAGGCCAGCGGCUGUUCGCAAGGUUGCAGUGUUGCCACAGACCCAAGCAGCAGCAGCAGCAUCCCGCUGUGUUUCUGUUAUCAGGGUUACGACCUAGACCCCCGAGACAACGCGACGUGCGUGGACCGCGAUGAAUGUCGGGACAAAGUGUGUGACCAGGUGUGUAACAACACGGCGGGCGGCUUCUCCUGCUCCUGCUACGACGGCUUCGCCCUGAACAAGGAUGAGCGCACGUGCUCGGCCUGCCCGUAUCUCAAGUACGGCCCCGAGUGUCGCGAGACGUGCACGUGCAGUGGCAGGAGCGUAGCGUGUCAUCCUGUACGGGGCUGCGUCUGUCAGGACGGCUGGACUGGCAAAAGCUGCGAGGAAGACGUGGACGAGUGUGCAGAGAACCCGGAUGUGUGUGGCACUCAGAAGAGAUGUGUCAACAACAAGGGGUCCUACUCCUGUGUCUGUCGGCCAGGCUAUGCCACAACUGACGAUGGAGUGUGUCAAGAUAUUAACGAAUGCAGCACCAGUAAUCCGUGUAGUGAGCAAGAAGAUUGCACCAACAUUCCUGGCGGCUUUUACUGCACCUGCAAAGUGGGUUACAUCAAGAUAGGAUCAAAUUGUACAGAUAUCGAUGAAUGUAAACUAAACAUAUCAGACUGCCAGCAAGAAUGCGUCAACGUCCCUGGUUACUUCAACUGCGACUGUAAAUAUGGCUACAGACUCACUGCUGACCGAGACAUUGUUCUAAAGUUCAAGAGGUCUGUACCAAUGGAGCUGUGUGUAGACAAGCCCACGGUUGUACACUUGACAACCAGAACAACCCAGAGUGCUUCUGCCAUAGUGGAUAUCAUCUCGUUGCCGCUAACAACACCUGCAUAGAUAUCGACGAAUGUCAAGCCAGUGUAGCCAAAUGCUCACAUGACUGUCACAAUGAGGAUGGAAGCUUCCACUGCAGCUGUCCUCUGGGUAUGAAGCUGGACAAUGACGGGCUGACUUGUUCUGUCUGCCCCAAUGGUACAUA